UUUCAUCUGUGGUUUGCAAUUCAAGAAGCAUCACAAAGUUAACAACGCCCACCUUGUACCAGAAGAAGUCAAACUAUAGCACCUGCAAUUCAGUUCCUCCAUAAAUGCAAACACUACAGUAAAUAUUGUUGACUUGACUUCUUCUCUUGAUCCUGGCCUGUGGCACCACUCAUCUCAUUCCUUUUACUAUAAAUCGGCCUUACGGUUGAUCAUUUCUUAUCGAUUUCCUCAUUGAUCAUGUCUGAGAUGGAUCGUGCACGAUUGCUCGAUGCAGCUCGAACUGGAAACGUUGACUUGCUGCAUCAACUCCUGCAGGAAAACCCCUUGAUUCUCACCGACGCUGCGCUAGAAUCUCCCAAGGAGACCCCUCUACAUGCAGCAGCCAAGGCAGGGCAGGUUGGUUUCAUGCGCGAAGUUAUCAAACACAAGCCUGAGUUUGCUGCAGAACUGAAUAAUGAAGGAUUUAGGCCCAUGGACAUAGCCGCAGCCAUGGGGAACUUGGAGAUGGUGAGAGAACUUUUGAAGGCUAACGACCAUGAACAGGUGAGUGGCCUCAAGGGGAGGAACCAAAGAACAGCACUUCACUAUGCUGCCAUGUAUGGGAGAGCUGAGAUUAUAGAGGAAUUGAUGGUCUCAAAUCCAGAGUACAUCAAAGAUGUCACGGCCCGCAAAGAAACUGCGCUGCACCUUGCUGUGAAGAACUACCAAUUUGAAGCCCUGGGUGUUUUGGUGGGAUGGCUUGAGAAGCUCAAUUUGAAAAUGCUUGCAAACUGGGCUGAUUGUGAUGGGAACACCGUCUUGCACCUUGCAGCGUCUCGAAAACAGCUCGAGAGCAUAGAAUUACUACUUGAUAAAAGCAAUGGCAAUGGUGGGAUAUUGACGGUGAAUGCCAAAAACUCAAAGGGUCUAACUGCAAUGGAUGUGUUAGACAUAGUGAUGGAAACUCCCGACGAUGUCCGACUCAAAGAAAUCUUCAGCCAAGCCGGCGCACGUGGUGCGAAGGAGCAUGCAGCCCCUCUUCACCAGUUCGCAAGGGAAAACGCCCAGAGCCCCCAGCCAAAGCACAUUCCUUCAGAUCCUCCAGAGGACUGGUUUAAGUACUUCAAGUUUCAGAAGCAGAGAGAUUCACCAAGCAACACUAGAAAUGUGCUACUAGUAGUGGCUGCAUUGAUCGCCACCGUGACCUUUCAAGCAGGCAUAAACCCACCAAGUGGCUUGGUCGAAUCACCAAGCACUAAUUCAACCGAAGUACCACCAAGCUGUGGUUCUGGUAUCACCGUUGGCUGCACACUGCCCAACCCCCCACGCACCCGCGUAGUCCCACUCUUGGGUCUAACUGUUGCUUCUGAGAAUUUUGGCUUCCACACUACGGCUAAGACACUCAUGUUCUUAUUUGGAAACACACUGGCGCUCACUGCAUCGUUAAGCAUUAUAAUUUAUCUCACAGGAGGAUUUCCCUUUCAAAGGGAGCUUUGGGUUGCUAUAUGCUGCAUGAUGUUCUGUUAUGGAAACUCAAUAAUCACCAUGACAAAUGAGAAGAAGGCUGCAAAUAUACUUAUGGGGGUUGCCUCUGUUCUGCCAUUUUCAAUGAGGUGGCUUCCGCGGUGGGCUAGAAAAGGUUGGAAAUGGUGGAGACAUCGAUCAGCCACUCGACGCACGUUGCCAAUUCCUUAAUGGCUAAAUGGAAGUUUAAACUAGCAAGCCACCCCCAAAACCGUGAACUCUAAUACCAUAAACUUCUGUUCUUAUCUUGGAAUGAUCGAUCUUCUGCUCCGUAUAGUUUACCUGAUGUUGUGUGAGGGUGCUGGUAAAUUCUCAUUAAUUAUCAGAUAAUCAUAUGUUUCCUUAUGGUUACAUCAGCCAAUAUAAAAUACAAUAGUGUUUCCCAUAACAUGAAACUUUUAUUUUGAUGGGAUCAUGUA